CAUUCACAAUAAAAUUAAAUAAUUUCAUAAGAUUUUAGUUCGGUCUACGCAUUUCACCAAUUUACCAAACAAAGGAUGGAUUUGUUUAACAUUUUAUUUGUGCUCAUGGUUACUGUGGGAUCAGUGAAGAUGAACGAGACCGCAACAAAUCUCCAGUGUUACUCCUGCUUUGCAACGGGUGGGAAUAAUAAAUGUGAACAAUUCAAAACAUACAAGGAGGCAAUGGAUGACAACAAAAGCUUUGCUCACUAUCUAAAGAACUGCAUACCUCCAUACAACCAAUCUUGUAUAAUAGAGACCUUCUCAAUUCAAGGACAGACCGUUUCUCACAUCCGGGAUUGCAGCGAUGGAGAAUUUUACUCGUUUUCGCAGGCCUUACAAAACAACAGGAGUGCGUAUACAAGGCUGUACGACUUGGAAGCCAACAAUGAAACGGGAUGUGUAUGGGAUGGGCAAUACCAAGUGUGCUUAACUAAAUGUGUCGGAAAUUUUUGCAAUGGCCCUGUACUUGAGAGGAAGAAUAACGCCGACGCUGGACAAGACAUUUCUUUGGCUGUGAUGUCUGCUUUUGCAUUCUAUCUACUAAUACAUUAAACUAACAUAUGUUAUAAUCAAAGUGCACACUAAUGAGUUACGAGAAAAGAAAACUACCGUUGGAAUGAUAAUGUAGAAAGUGAAUGAAUACUUAUAUUAUUUCCCUUGUUAAGCACUCAUUUGUUUACAACGCAUAGCUUAUAUAUGUCAUAAUCAAAGUACACAGUAUUGAUAUAAGAGACAAAAAAAUUAAUUAAAUGUUGAAAUGAUAUUGUAAGAAGUGAAUGAAUAUUUAUUUUAUUUCCAUUG